AGUGCGCGAGCGCAACUCGGUCGAGGCGCGCGCUUUUACCGAGUCUUGCUACCCGUUUGCAGUUACGUGAUCGUAACCUGUUAAUCUUUGUUGCGAUUUUUACGGGGGUGUACAGUGUACACUUUACAUGCGUACUAAUAUAGAAUGAGACUUUUUGAAUAUUUUUCACUUAUACUCGUUGUUUGUUUAUUAUUACCUUUUAACUGUGUUUAGUUUAUUUCGCGAAUUAAAAUAACGCUAUUGUAUCCAUAAAAGUAGUUAUUUGGUUUUUAUUUUAUAAAUGUGACAAUUUUAUUUGUAAGAACAGUGUUUUUUUUUUUUGUGUAAAUAGUGAACAAGUAAUUUCGGAUUUGUAAAAAAAAAAUAAAGACUUGAUGUGAUGUACCUAAAAAUGUAUAUAAAAUCGGAACGGUUUUAUCAACAGCCGGAUAAUCAGGCACUGAAAGAUGAAGACAAAUAUUUUUCAGAUUAUGAAGAAGAGCUUGAUGACCGUGAAGGCGGCGGCGGCGGGGCGAGACGAUGCGCGCGCGACGCGGCGUCUCCCGCGCACGCGCACACGCCUGCGCCCGCGCCGUCCGCCAACCCCGUGCCCCUCGGGCAGCCAGUGCCGCCCACGCAGCCCACGCAACCCACGCAGCCCACGCAAUCCACGCAAUCCACGCAGCCGACGCAAGUUGCACACUUCAAAAGCGAGCGGCUCAGUCCGCACGAUUCCACUGCCUCCAGGUCCCGUAGCGUGACGCCAUCGACGUCGUCAUACCCGGGCACGCCGCCAGAGCGCGGCAGCCCGCACGCGGCGCCGCCCCCCGCGCCCGUGCACCCCCCGCGGAACUACUCCGACAUUAUGCGCUCCCUCGCCGCCCGGUACAACACACAUCCUGCCAAUGAUUACUUUCAUCGGAUGAAUGGUUUCGGAGUGGAGCCACGUGCUGCGCCACCAUCACCUGUGCAAACAGACGCUGGUGAGGUGCCACUAGGAGGACUCUUCGAUAAGCUGACCACGCAACAAGGUGGACCAAUGAGACUGCCAGCCUUCCCUCCCAUGUUGGAUAUGAGCUCAACUAAGACACUAUUGGCGAUAUCGCGGGUGGGACGCAGUGGGAGAUCAAGACGCAAACGUGUCGGGAUGGGUACGACGGCUGAACACUCCCCGUUGGAUUUAUCAGCAGCAAGCGAGAGUGCCGCGAAGAGAGCUCGCCUCUCAGCCAGCCCCAGUACCAGGAGCGAUGGCGACGAUCGGGACCGGGUCUCUAAUGAAGAUCGAAAUGGCGGAGAAUGCUUGUGUGCAGAAGCUCGAGCGCGACUGUCCGCAUGGUCGGUGGAUGACGUAUACGAUUUUGUCAGCUCCAUCGAUAUCUGCGCUGAAUACGCAUCGAAUUUCCGUGAGCAGAGAAUCGACGGUUCCGGCCUGCCACUUCUAACAGAAGAGCACUUAACAGGGAUGUUGCAAAUGAAGCUGGGACCGGCGUUGAAGCUGCGUGCGGUGGUGGCGCGGCGAUUAGAGCCAUGUGCAAGUUGCCAGGCCACAACCACCACCGUGACCCCGGCCACCACUCCCAACACCACACCGCGACUGAACGGCGCCGCUCUCAAGCCGGAGCCAAGGAGCAACUCAACAAGUCCCAGUUAGAAAAUACAAGAUAUCGUAAUAUAGUCUAUUUCAAACCACUUGCGUACAAGCGUUCAUGAGUAAAUCAUUUGGGAAUGUAGGCGAUGCAUUUACGAGGUAGUUACUGUAUUUAAUUCGUUGCGACACACGUCUACUUCUCACAGCUUUUAUUUACAAAGUCGCUCAUUUUGUACACCUUACUAUAUUGGUUUAUUAAGGUAACAAACGCUUAUAUUUUUUUUAUUAUUCCUAUUGAAGAUGGUUAAGCGUGUUGAUAUAACAUCUUAAUUAUUUGCUGUAAAUUUUUAAUACAGAGACUAUGAGGUCCUACAUUUUUUGCUUCAAUAAAACAAAUAUAUCCUAAAGCUUGUAACUCAUACUCUCUGUAUUACCUAAUUAUAGCGCUACAAUGAAUUACAGUUUUAAAUAUACUAUGUUUAAUAAAACCACACAAUGCGCUUAUAUUACAAGUUUUUUAUUAGGAAUUUUAUUUUAAUUUUACUUUGACAAAACAAAAAUAUUUAAAGUCACCGAUUUCGUCAACAACUCGUUAAGGAUAAUUUUUAUAAUAACGCCUACUUAUUGUAUCUUUACUGUUUAGUCAUAGAGUCCAGUUUUAAGUCUUCCUGUUUGUUUUUUAGAUUUUGCAUUUAGUUAUCAACAUAAGACGUUUUAGAAUAAUGACUUGAUAUUGUAAUGUAAAUACAUAUAUGAUAUGUUACGUGUUGCCGUCCAAAAUGUUUCAUUUUAAUUUUUACAUUUAAAAGUCUUUGUAUGUUUUGAAUCAUGAAUAAUAAAUUAAUACAUGUGCAAAAAUAUUUUGAGAAAUUACACAAAAAAUAAGUCAUAAUAAUAAUGUCACACUAUUAAGCACAGAUACAAAAUAAUAAAACGUACAAAAACUUUAUUCAUCGUCCGUGCUCUUUCUUCGUAAUAAAUUAAAAAAUUUCGGUGCUAAACGACCCUGCUAGAAGUAAGAAUAUAUUUUAAAGCUGUCUAGAGUUAAAUUGUAAAUAAGAGCCUUACUGUAUAAAACUUAAUAUUUCUGAGGCUACUAUUGUCUACAAUUAUAUACAGGGUCACAAAUAUACAUACAAUCUGUAUAUAAUAUACAUAUUAUUCUAAGUAAAUUGAUGUAUAAUUUUGUCAUUCUAUACAUAGCAUUUAUUUACACCACACCUGAAGAAAGCUCAGUAUAAUAAUACCGAAUACAAUAAUAUGAUAAGCGAUUCUUAUUUAGUCACAUUAAGUUUUUAUAUAUGUAAAAACUGCCUACAAUUUAAAAUUACCUGCAUAAUAAUUUUUACAGUGUGGAUUUAAAAAUCUAAACGCUUGUUACAACACUGCUGCGUUUUUAUUUUCACAAAUAUAAAUUUAAUAUUUCAAUAAUUUGAACGUAAAUUUAAGUAAAAGUUUUUACCUGUGGUAAUCUCCUUAAUUGCCAAAAUAGUGUAUUAUAUAAUAUACAAUUUUAAAAACAGAAUAAUAAUUUUGUAAUGUAUAUCUGAUUUUAAUAAUAGGGCGUAUAAUAUUGGUCUUAUACAAUUAAACAAUCACAACAUAACCUAACUAAUAGGAAUUAAUAAAGCGAAUUUGAAACGAAAAAAUUAUUAAUUUACAAGGUGCUAAUUUGUAUAUGAAUGUAAUUCUUAUUGUAAUGUUGUACCUUAAAAGAGGUCUUCCUUCAUAAUUUCUUAAUUAAAUAUUAGUAAACAUUACUCGAUGGAGAAUAUUUUUAAAAAGUAUUACGGUUCUACGCUUUAAAUCGGACAAUAUAAUAUUAUCUACAAUAGCGGAUAGAUAUUUUAUAUAGUUAUAUUUCAACGAAUUUGUUGAUAGGUGAUUAAUGUAUUGUAAGUUUGUAUCACAGCUUUUAUUAAUUAACGUAAUAUUACUAUUGAGCUAUGGACCAGUGACUUACGAAUGUAAAUUUGUACCUAUAAAUAUAUAUAUUUGUGUUGUGUAAAAAUGUGUUCUAAUAAGGUUAAAAGCGAAAGGUUGUUAAUGGGACAAGCUCAAGGUUUAUAUGUUAUGUUAUAAUUUUGAAUUAUGUAUUGCAAUUUACAGCUAACAGGUUUCGAAAUAAGAGACAAGAACUAUUUGCAUUUUGUUAACAAUUUCAAACCCAAAAUUCAAUUAUAUCAUUAAUUCCAAACCUGCAAACCAAUAUUGUUACCUUAUUCAAAACAAAAACGGCACGAUUAACUACGCUAAAGUGAGGCAAGUUAUAGGACAAUGAAUAUUAUAUAAAUUCACCUAUUAAAUAUCAAGGUUCUACGUCGAUCGUCUCCACUUGUCUUUUCACCUGUCUGACUUUAACGAUGUACUUUUGAAUAAAGACCACUGUCGCUAAAGUUAAUACAAUUUUCGAAAGUAAAUAGUAAUAUUUCAAGUUAUUAAAUCAUAUCAAAUGCAAUUUUAUUUAUAUCAAUAUAAUAUCCACAUAGUUAUUAUGUUAAUAUAUCAUUAAAAUAUGUAAUUUCAAUACCAUUUCGAAAUAACUACAUAUGAAAAAACAUUUACGAGUACUCAAAAUGUUUUUUUUGUGAAGUGUAUACUAGCUAUAUAAGUAAAUAAAUAAAUAAUAAUAUCUUAUAUACAUAAUAAACUUCUGGCUUGUCUCUAUAUUGUCGGUAUUCGUUAUUUUAGUUAAUAAUUUGACCGACUUUCAAGAAGAGUUUAGUCACUUAUUUCAGAGCAUUGUUAGGUACUUAGAUAAACGUUUAGCUUGUUUGCUAUUAAUGGAUCAAUCCAUUUUAAGUAUUUAUGUGGAAAGAAUAAAAACAAUGGUUUAUUUG